AUUCGCAAAACAUAUUGUUUUAGAUGUGGUAUAGCAUGCCACACUGCAGGACACUGCUGUCGCUGCUUCAACCCCAUUCAACUUAAUUAACCGUACAUUUCUCAAAAAAUGAAUGCAGUCAACGUUACUCCAUCUGUGUCCUGAAUGGGAAUGAAGUCUUUUCAUUUGUCAGGUCUUUUCCCGUGAUUCCAGCAGAAGCCGCCGCUGACACUCCGGAAGUGAAGCGUUUAUUGACAAUAUGGCGACCGGGCCAGCUGAGAAGGGAUUGGACGUUUUUCGGUUUUGUCAGUAACCGCAGAUGUCGAUUAUCACAGCGAAAGCUGCGUGUGAAGGAGUCUUAUGAAUGAAGGGAGUCAGGAGUUCACGGGAUGUUGUCUCUGAGCUGAGCAAGCGUUCACAGCUUCAGAUUCAUCAUGUCGUUUUUCAGGCGGAAAGCUAAAGGAAAGGAGCCUGAGAGACCAGUAGAUGCCAAAGCCAGCAAAGCCCCAGUGUCCCCCCACUCCCCCUCCCUCAGCAGCCGUAAUCAUCAUGCUAUCCUGGAAGCGGCAGGGCCCAGCCAUGUGGCCAUCAAUGCUAUCUCAGCCAACAUGGACUCCUUUGCCCGAGGCCGCACUGCCAUCCUCAAAAAACAGCCCAGCCACAUGGAGGCAGCACACUUUGGAGACCUAGGUCGCUCCAGUGUCAACUACCAGGCUCAAGAGACUCGCUCUCGGCUUUCUAAAACAGUAGACCAGAUCUUGCGGGACAAUGUGGCCAUGCCCUAUUUCAUACAGUUCAUGGAGACCCGCUCGGCUGAGCACCUGGUGCGCUUCUGGCUUGAGGCUGAGAGCUUUCGUUCUACCAGCUGGUCUCGGGUCAGAGCGCACAGCCUCAACUCGGUCAAGCACAGCACCUUGGCUGAGCCCACCUCUGCUCUGGGAUCACCCGAUUCCCCGGACUCCCCCUACGACCACAGCAGGCCCUCAACUCUGGACGAGGGAGACGGCGAGAACCGUUUUUCAUCCCAGAACUCUUCCAGACCUCACACCCCCAGCCCUCAGGACUCUAACUCCUUUACCAGGGCUCUGAUUAGCCACCGGAAAUCUGUUAGCUCCGAUGGGGCGGCUAGGCCUGGUACGCCCCAGCUACAGCCCACUCUAAGAUCAGAAACUCCCACCAGACAGCCCUCCUCCAGGACAGGCACUCCAGUUAAAGGCCAGUCUACUGGUGGCCUCCGUGAGCUCUCUGAUAAGCUUAUGAAAAGUAUAGAAAGGGAUGCAGUUAACAUUUUCACUAAGUACAUAUCUCCAGAUGCUACUAGACCUAUUCCCAUCACUGAACAGAUACGCAACGACAUUGUUGCGAAAAUCUGUGGGGAGGACGGACAGGUGAACCCAAACUGCUUUGUCAUUGCACAAUCUGUUGUGAUCUCCAUCAUUGAACAACAGCACUUUAGUGAGUUCUUGCGCAGUCAUUAUUUCUGUAAGUACCAGAUCGAGGUGCUGACCAGUGGCUCUGUGUUCCUGGCGGACAUCCUGUUCUGCGAGUCGGCUCUCUUCUACUUCUCUGAGUAUAUGGAGAAGGAGGACGCAAUGAAUGUGCUGCAGUUCUGGCUGGCUGCAGAAAACUUUCAAGAUCAGUUGGCUGCCAAGAAAGGCCAGUACGACGGACAGGAGGCCCAGAAUGAUGCCAUGAUCCUCUAUGACAAGUAUUUUUCACUCCAAGCUACAAAUCCAUUGGGUUUCGGUGACACUGUACGAAUGGAGAUUGAAUCCAAUAUCUGUCGAGAAGGUGGACCUCUCCCAGACUGCUUCAACACUCCACUAAGACAGGCCUGGACCACCAUGGAAAAGGUCUACAUGCCAGGCUUUCUGUCCAGCAACCUUUACUACAAGUAUUUGAGUGACCUUAUCAAUUCCGUUCGGGUGGAUGAGUUCAUCGGAGGAAAUGCCAACACUUUGAGCCAGGGUUGGACCUCAGAAUGCGACCGCAACUUGAGUGCUUCAGAAGGGUCACAAGGCCAGCAAGGUACUAAAAAGGUGGCAGUCAAGAUCCUGAAGAACUUUGACGAGGCAAUAACGGUGGACAUCGCAAGUCUUGAUCCUGAAUCACUGUACCAGAGACCAUACGCUGGGAUGACUUUUGGGAAGGUGAAUGAGCUGGGCCAGUUCAUCAGAGAGGCUGAGCCUGAACCAGAUGUGAAGAAGUCCAAAGGUUCCAUGUUUUCUCAAGCAAUGAAGAAAUGGGUGCAAGGAAACUCAGAUGAGGCUCAAGAGGAGAUGGCAUGGAAGAUUGCAAAGAUGAUCGUCAAUGAUGUCAUGAUACAGGGACAACAUGGAAGCCCUGAAGUGAAGUCAACAAAACUAUGACCCUCUCCUUCAGUAUGGAACCUACUCCAACCCUCCCUGCCGAGGCCCUUAACAUAACGUCUGCAGACUGCAAACAACCUGAAGAUUAACUCUGAAGAUCAAGACUCAUUAAAAAAUCAGUGAGGACAGAAAAGGCAUUCCAUGACAUCCUGCAUGUGUGUGUGUGUAAGAGCGUGAUUGUUUGAGUAUGCACUAAUAGCCAAAACCCCAUAAUUUCUAGCGCUCUGAAUGAUUUCAUUUAUUAUUUGAAGAGGCGUGAAAUGAGUGAACAACAGACGUAAACACACAAGCGAGAGCUGUCGCACAGUGGUGAAUGAACUUUCAGAACAAAGCUGAAUGAGUACUGACACAAAAUGUACCUGCGUCGCCAUUGUGUUCUGCUGUUACCACGCCGACCAACAGGAAGUGUGCAGAAACCUAAAACUGGUCAGAAGUAGUGGCUAAGACCAGGUUUACCCAUUUUAUUCCUCACCUUUGUUCUUAUCUCACACCUCUCUUUUCUCUUUCCAUUCACUCCCUCAUUUGUAAAGAAUGGCUAUGAAGUGAUAAGGUCUUUUUUUAGGCAAGAAAAACAAAAAUGCAGAUUUACCCAAGGUGACUAUAUUUUAUCAGUAAACCUGCACUGUUCUGUCCCUCUUCGAUGGCGCUAAAAUGAACUCUAUCAGCCUGGCAAACACUCCGUUGACCGCCUCUUUGUGCUGUUGAAGAACUCCCUCUAGAACCCUGUCCUGAUCUGAUUCUAGAUCAGUGCAGACUGUAGGAUACUCCAGACAAACUGAACUGCUAGGGCAGUGUUUAUCCCCAUUCUAUAUAAAUGUGGAUUCAUGGUUUACCGCCAUAUAUUAAUGUUAGUUCUUUUUAUGGUGAUUUUUGUUUUUUGGUAUGAUGUCAAAAACUCUGUCGAAGCAUAUCUCAGUGAUGACUGUUCCUUUUCAAACGUGUACCCUUCGGACAUGUAAAUGUUAGUGCUUUGGACUGAUUGAGAUGUGGACGAGAAACAGGCAAAAGACGUUUGGUACUAUGUACCACUAAUAUGUUUUCUGACAUUUAUGUGUACUUAAUCUAUAAUAUAUUUAAAUGUGUUUUGAUUUAAAUACAUAUAUUGUUGAAACGUC